UAUUUUGUAAAUUGCUGUGAAUGAGUGAAAAACCAUUUUGGUAGUGAAAAAUCAUACAAAUUAAAUAAGAUUUUUUACAAUUACUUUAAGAAUUAUAAUCAUAAAAGCAAUGACUGCAUAGAUUGAUGCAAAUUUUGUGCAAACAUAAAGUGUGAAACUGAAAAAAGGCAUUUGCAAAAAUUUAAUGAAGCAAAAAUCCUAAAGAGAAAGUGUAUUGAAGAGAGUGAAAAUAGAAAAUAAAUAGUCUAAAUCAAAAUAAAUGCAAAAAAUUUAGCAAGAAUAGAUAAUUAAAUACAUAUAUUGUUUUGGUUAAAUAAUAAUACUAAAAUUUAAUGGGCAAUGCUAAAUCAAGGAAUAAUAAAUCUACUAAAAUUGAAAAAGAAAUUUCUAGGAAUUUAACACAAUCAUCUAAAGUGACAACAACAGCAGCAGUUGCAAGAACAACAUAUAGAAAAGAGGAUAAUAGUAUAAAGGUUGCUGGAACGACGACAACAACUACGACAGCAAUUACUGCUGCUACUACUGUGGGAGGUCCAUUAUUCGUGGAGGUUAGAAAUACAAGCACAAAAACAACAACAGCAGAUUCUAACAAAGCACUAAAAGAUCCCCAACAAAAACAACUACAACAACAUUAUAAACACAAUCAACGACAACAAAAAGCAGCUGAUAUUUCAGCUGCCUCAAACGUUGCAGAGCAGCAGCAGCGUUUAAAACAGGCCUCCUCUUUGUGGAGUUUGGGCAGCCUUAAUUGGAAUCUAUCAUAUUCGGGUCGCAAUUCUUUUAAACAACGUCAAAAAUCUUCUAGAAAAAGUUUCAGUACUUUACAAUAUCAACGCAAACGUUCUAAAACCCAAUGGCAUAAACCAUUAACAAAUGCCAUAUUCAGUUCACACUUUAAAGAGUCGAGUCGUAACGAAGAAUUUCAUAUUGAUCAAUUGGUAGCUAAGGGUGCAUUUGGUGUUGUUUUCAAAGUAAUCGAUAAGAAAUCUAUAAAAGACGACCACCAACAACAGCAAUUGAUUGCAGCUUGUAAUCCUGUUUAUGCUUUAAAAGUUCUUAAGAAAUCUAAAAUUAUUUCGGAGAACAGCUUGCAACAAAUUAAAGACGAAGUGGAUAUACAAAAACUUUGCGGCCAUCAUCCGUUUAUUGUUAAACAAUUUGAUUUAUGGCAAAAUCGUUAUAAUUUACAUAUACUUUCCGAAUACAUACCAAACGGUGAACUUUUCUCUACAAUACGUACAUUCUCUUUAAAUUUAAUACGUCUGUAUUUGGCGGAAAUCGCUUUGGCUUUAGAUUUUCUACAUAACGCUGGCAUUAUUUAUCGUGACGCUAAGCCAGAGAAUAUCUUAUUAACCCACGACUAUCAUUUGAAAUUAACCGACUUUGGUCUAAGCAAGUGGCUGAAAUUGGGUUUAACAACAAAAACAAUGUGUGGAACUUUCCAAUAUAUGGCUCCCGAAAUUUUACGUGGUGAAUCGUAUACUCAUGCUGUCGAUUGGUGGUCAUUAGGUAUAAUUGUUUGUCAAAUGUUGGUUGAGAGGAGUCCUGAUAUUAGACAAUUUAUUACCAUAAAUUUACCCGAACAUUUACAACAACCCAAAGAUCAGUUGGAUAAUGCAGGGCAUUUUAAUUUAAACAGCAGCAAAGAUGUAUUAAAUGCUGAAAACUGUACAACCAAAUUACAUGAUUUGGCCGAUUUUUUACCUGAAGAAGUGGACAGUUUGUGCCAUGAGGCUAAGGAUGUUUUAAAACGUCUUUUGGAAUUUGAUGCCCAGAAACGUAUACGCUCGGUUAGAGCUUUACAAAGAAUCGCCAUGUAUAAGGAUUUUAAAAUUGAGGCUCAUCACUGUUUAAAGCUCCGUCCUUUAGAUAUUAUAACUGCCGACAAUAUUUUUAUUAAACAAAGACAUGCAUCUAUGGAAAAUUCUUCUAAUGCUGUGAAAGCAUUUAUGAAUUUUUAAUAUUUAUUUAACAACGAAUAAUAGAAAAUAAGUUUUUUAAGAAGAAUUCUAGG